GAAUUGCCGUGCCAUUGUGUCCUGUCAGCGCUGUAUGAUAACGAGCCUGGCUAUCCAACUGGAGCUAGCCUUGACGGCGGUCCGUGUGAAAAUCUGCCCAUAAAUACGUUUCCUGACAUCCUUGCAGCGCGUUCAUUGAAGGAAGAAUGCUUUCGGACGAGCUUUGCGAGUCGACGGGCCAACCAGAUAAAGACGUCAACGUACCUAAAAAACUUGAGGAAAGACAGGAAAAGAAAGGGGAGAAGACGGACCUAUAUCCGGAAGGAAUUUGGAAUGUCGAGACAUUGUCACCAGAGUGUGAGGCUGCGACUUGGAACCAUGGCCUGUCCAAUGAUGUUGUAGAAUGCUCGUCACUCCCACGGGGGAACAAUGAGAAGACGGAAGACUUGAACGACCGAGGUCAACAAUCGGUAUAUAAAGUUGAUACUGUUGCACGAUUGCAUAAUUUGAAGGGAAUGAAAGAAUCUACAGCGUGCACAAUUGUGGAGUCACCAGGAGGGUUCUGCGUAGCAGUUGAGAAGCAGAUACAUUUAUUUGACUCGAAAUGCUCUACACAUAACACCACCAUCACGUUCGACUGCCCUCCGGAGCUCGUCGCAUACAAUCGCGAUUCAAAGUUUCUGGUUGUAGGCGAUAGCUUCGGUACAAUACAUUUUGUGCAUGUGGAGUCCGAAAGCGUUGUCUUCUCUCGAGAAUUGUUAACAGGAGCCUUGGAGGAGGAUGGCCGCCCCAUGUUCUUGUGGCUUGGGUUUUUGGGGCGAGCAAGUGAGGAGACAGAAGAGCUCUUGGUUAUUCUCCGCAAUAUGACCAUGUGCCGAUUUACAAACAUGAGUAUGUCAAAGCUUGGCGAAGCAAUGGCUUCCGGGAACGCAAAAUGGGCUGCUGAGCUGUAUCAAAUGAUCAUCAUGGAAAAAGUUGACUUGAUGCAGGAAGAAACGGACUUGAAAUCUGUCCAUGAUGUAGCCUGGGCAUCUCGACAAAAUGGAAGCCAUCGUAUUGUAGUUGCCGGGAAAGGUCGCCAGCCAUUGACGGUGUGGCAUCGCUCCAAACUCACCCAGAAGACAAUGAAGGUGGACGCGGUGGAACGCCUGCUGAAGGGCUGUGGGCUUUUAAAGGCACAAGUGGAUCCUACUGGCAGACUUUUACUGCUUCUCGACGACAGUGGCCGUCUCUCUAUUUGGGACUUUGAGCAUCUUUUCAUGAUUCACCAUUACAACGAUACCAAAAUUAUUGAUUUUAUGAUCAUGCGGACACCCUCCCAGUGCCAAGGCCAACUAAACAUCGUUACUCUUACGGAACUACCUGACGUUGCGGAAUCACGAUUCAUCCAAGUCAUCCACAUGCCAAGCUUCACCGUCACGCAUCAUGUACGCGUUUCUCGAAACACAUGGCUUGUCAAGAUUCAACAAGAAGACGGGCAACAGACAGCGCACGCUUUUGAGGAUGGGCGGGUGCAUUUCGUUGAAGGAAUUGAAAACCAGCAAACGCAUAGAAUCAGUGAACUCUAUAUCCGUGCCUUAGCGCAAACCGUACCACUUUACCGGUUUGAGCAGUUGCUCCAAAGCCAACGAUUUGCAGAAGCUGAAAGGUUUGCAGAAAGCUUCGAGCUGGAUGUCCAGUUGGUCCUCAAGACAAAGCUGCGACACAUGAUUGCAAGUGUUGAAUUGCGGACCUUAUCUGACGAGGACAAACUGAACCAUUUCGUUGACGGGCUGAUUGCUGAUUUGAAACUGGUUGAGGAUGAGUCAUUCUGCAUAGAGUUCUGUCUUGAAGCGAUGCUACCAAGCUUCCGAGCCACAUAUCGUCUGCUAGCGUUUGCUCGCAGCUUGGCGCAAGACAGUGCGAGGCGAUCACAUGCGGGCAACCUGUCAUCGUCAAUGUUCAAUGUGCAUCAGGCUAUUCGACGUAUUGGAACAUACCAACUGAUUUCCUUCGAGAAGUUGAAUAGGCGUGGUGGGUCAGCUAGCCAUAAUAAAAAUACAGCGGCAGUUGAUGGGGAUGGAUUCGAUUGCCGAGAAUGGCAUGCAUUUAGAAUUGCAGACCUUGUGGCAGAGAUCCGCGACCUGCUGAGAUCUGAAGAUGUGAGGUUAGCAAUUGUCAUCUGGAAGCGACAUUACCUGGAUGGGAACAUUUUACCCUCUAUUCACCAAAUUCUUGCUGAUGUUCCUGAGCACGCCGCCUUGAAUGACUUCGUACCGUGGCUGAGAAACGAGGUAUUGCCGAUUGUUCAGCAGGGGAGUGAUCGUGCGAAGCUGGCAAUUUGGAUUGAGCAACGAGCCCGCUUCGUGGAAGCGAGGGAGAAAAAACCCCACGGAGCAUUGGAAGUCAUUCGCUUGCUGGAUACGGUUGCGCUGCCAGGCAUGGCCGAGCAGGGAGGCGAUGACCGAGUCUCAUCCGCGCGCGAUCACCAACUCUUCACACCCGCCACACCGGCGCACUACGUUGAAAACACCAUCCUGUUUGGCCGAACUAGUACAUCCACUUUCGGAUUCGAAAGCAGUAGUGGCAAAGUCUGGGCGAAUGGAUUAAAGAAGCAAUUAGAAGACCUAGUUUACCUGUGGGACAAGCACGACUUCUGUCUCACGUUAAACGACUACAGUCAGUUUAGUCUGAAUGAGAUCGCCAAGGAUCUGCUGGACCGUGUUGCUGCCCCAGAGCUGCUCGGUGAUGCCAUUGAAAAGCAUUUCAGGCCGUAUGUUGAGCGCAAUGCUCUAUCUUUUGACGAACUUUUGGCCGAAUAUUGCGUCGAUCUCAUGGAUGGCUCUAUGACCACCGGUGGUACAAAUACCUUAGCCGACAGUUCUUGGCAGGCAAGAGUCCUGGCCAUUUUAAGCUGUAUGGUGGACGCUGACAUACGAGCGGAUGUUGUGCUGGAGUUAAUGAAACGAACACCGGUACCGUGGGGUUCAGAUGUGGGGAGAGUCUUCAUUGAGGCGUUGCAAUGGUCUACAACACGCAAGAAGGAUGAGCUUCGCGAACAGUAUCGGCUAUUGAAACUAAAGAGAAUGCUGAUCGCGUAUGGUAUUACAACAUUCAACAUCUCAGAUAAGACUUUAGCUAGAGGUCUACUUCCAAGGAUUUUAGGUCGUAUUGAUUUGGUUAAUGCCAUGCGUGAUGCCCUUCAGGUCGUUAGUGCAUAUCAUCAUCUCAACAAAAUGGAGGCAUACCGCAUUCGAUUGAUGGCGCUAUUUGAAGCUGGAAAAGUCUCCCGCGCUUUACGGCUGUUAGAAUCGGGAGUGGAAGAGGACGCUGCGGAUGAGAUGCAACCGGAUGCUGACGGGUUAGGACUUGAAACUGACCAACAGCUUGACCUCAUCGAGAAGAUUGGUGUUGGAAAAGAGGUUGCUCUUUGUCUGAUCUAUAUCUUGGAUGACGCGGUGAAGGCUAGGAAUGAUGAUGAGGCUGACAUGAAUGCACUGGCAACAUAUUCACGUACUAUUGACUCACUAGUCGAGUUAGCCCGUGUCCUUCAUAAAAUCAGGGACGACCUUAGCAACUCUCCAAAUACCGAACAUAUUGGCCAGUCAGGAUCGGUGCUUGCUCCGUCAAAUAAUCCGUCUACUUUUACGAAGAGCGUUACCCCCUUUGCAGCAGCCCUAGACCUGGAGCUUGGCGGGUUCGAUGACGCAUUGGCAAUUUUGCGAAAUAUGGCCGCGCUUUUUAAGGAGUUUGGGGUGACCAUGACCAUGGGACAAUUUGCCAAUGAAAGGGAGAGACGGAAGGUAUUAGCGGGUUUUGCCAGAAAGGUAUUCAAAUACAUUGGAAACGCGGAUGCCAGUCCCGACGACAGGAAAUCAGCUCAGACGACAGAGAAAAUGAAGGGAAAACAAACGGAAAGUCGACGAGGAAAUGGAACCAGCGCUCGGCAGGAAGAGACGGAUCAGUCGCAUACAACGCUAUAUAGGCUGGCCCACGUUCUGGGAUUUGAAAGAUCUCGAUUACGAGGGAUCUUGGCGGAAGAGGCUGCUCGUAACGGCGAUUUCCGAAGCGCCCUCGUCCUAUGCAAAGAGCUAUAUGAUAAAUUUCCGGACGGGGAGACUGCGCGUACUCUUCAACGCGUAGCACACCUUUUGACGAGGUAUGGUGCCGAGCACAAAGAAGCUUUCCGCGAUGUGAAGGAAUUCGGAAUGCAUUCUCGCCUCACGAGUAGAAUUCUGCAGCUGAGUGGUCAAGCGUUCUGCGUGUGUGAUGCAGAUGCAAUUCAGAGCUGCCUGGAUGAUUUCAAAAAUUAUGAGUUGCAGCACAGAGUUUUCACUCAGUGCGAUGCGGGUGAUUAUGGUGCCUUAGUAGCCAGCAACGUUGAGCCUUUUGAUUCCAAUGUGUUUGAUGAAAGUCAUCAUCUUGGACAGUCAUCCAAUUCACCCAGUUCCAGUUCAAACUCGGCGAGCUCGAUCUCGUCGCCGAAACCAGCUCCAACUGCCGAGAUGGAAAUUGCGAACAUUGGUGACAAAUUUGCGGCUUCUGUGUUCGAAGGAAAUUUUAGGGAAAGUAGCCUUGUCUUGUCAACUGAGUCUGCAAUGGGUCUCGUCUCUAGCUUCGUUCUGGAUGCGUCCGCGUUCAACGAGAAUGGUGUGAUUCUUGGGUUCCAGGUGGAUGACUCCGCCAAAGGCAAGGGGGAAUCGGAACGUGGCCAUCCUGCGCAUUCUGGGAGGCUUUUGGCAGAGUUCCUGGUCAACAACAAAAGUUGGCAGACCGUACUUUGGGUUUUGCAACGAGCUAAAGAGGCUGUACUGAGGGUUGGUCAAAUGCGGGAAAGUUCAGCAUGGGACACUGUUAUUGCAUUCUAUUGCGAAACCUUACGGCGGCUAUCCGUGGCGGUUUUGAGCUCUAGGAUGAUCGAUCAAAAACUGGCGGUAGGAUGUUUAGUGUCGCUACCAUUGGAACAGGCGUUCGAGGCGUACAAGGCUGGAAUGGCCACAGCCGGGCAGGAAUAUGCGCGUGUCUUGCAUAUUGCUGGCAUCGGCAUCGCACUUUCGUCUGCGUGGAAGCAACGGACCUUUAGAAUUAACUGCGAGGAUCUAGCUGCGAAUGCCAAAUGGUGGCAUCAACUUCGCUUACUGGGUAUCCCUUUCGAUAACGAAACAUUUCGGUACCGAGUUGAAACUGGAGGGCACCAAAGGCGGAUUGUGCCACUACUUUUGGCGCGAACUGGAUAUGACAUUCUGACUACAUUAGAGUUUGCAAGGAGUUACGACAUUGAGGAUGAUUUCGUUAUCGUGGAAUAUGUGAAGGGCCUGUUGCUCGCUAACGGUGAUGAGAAGGACUAUCAAUCCCGAGUGGCUGGAAUUUUGGACGACGUUGUCAACAAAGAAAGGCUACUGAAUACUUUAAUGAAGGAGUGUUUGCCUCGGUUUUCACCAUAUGAUUACGAACGCAUUCUGUUUGUAGCCACCCAGAUAUUGCGCCUCGACCCAGAUCACCAUUUUGGUCAGCGCUGUAAGGAGGUGGUGGGUGUCCUUGCUGACUACGGAAGGGCGAAACCUCCCUCGCUGGAAGAGCUAAUAGAAGCCAAAAGAAUUGUCAGUGGAGGAAGUAUCGUAUCAGAGCAGGCAACAAUUCAGGAUCUGAAAAAGAUGUUUCCGAAAUGCAUGCAACGACUUCCUUACCACGCCCUUAGCGUAAAUCCGUGGUUGGUCCUCGGUCCAGAGUUGACGGAGGAGUCUAUCCCUCGACUACGGCCGUUGCGGAAGGUCCUCAACCUUAACCUCGACAAGUUUUAUGUUAUUGCCGUGGAGAAUAUGUUUCAGCUGACAGCCAAGGAAGGCGAGGAUGGAGUGUCGGUCGCAGAUGUACAACCGCCAAGCGGGCCAACUGGAGCGAAGUUGCAUUUUUCAGACAUCAAACGAUUGAUAUCAAGCAUUUCUGAUGACGUAGCAGCGAUUGAGACCCUGUUGGAAGUGGCUAAACGAUUCCCGCUUGGUCCAGAUCGUAUCCAGGCCUACCGCAUGGCGGUGGCCCGAGCAGAGAGGUCCGAACCUCCAGACGCUGUCCAGAAUAACGCUGAACAGCCAACAGCAACUGGCAGUCCGCCAAAACGGUCAACUGAGAUCAAAAGAAUGCUCAUCGUUUGCGAGACAGAGCAUCAAUUGAAAUGUCUGGGGAUGACAGAAAUGCAAAGUUUCAUAUCGGUACAAGAUUCCAUGACAAGCCUGAUGCACAACCUGUAUCUGAGCAGGAGUGAGGCUGCUUUAGAUUCAAAGAACGAUCUGGACCUUCAUGGACUUGUAAACGAUAUUGCCAAGCGAACCGGAGUGGAUCCCGACGAGUUUAGAAAUUGGCUGAUUAAGAAAUGGAUGACAGCAGAUGUUUCUAUUAGUGACGAAGAACGUGAAAUGUACCUGCCUUCCAUGCGUGUGCAGAUCAAUAACUUAUUGAACUCACGAGAGGAAAUAGCCAUCCAAAUGCGACUAUUAUACCUUUUGCAAUCCCUGCCGCUUCAAGCGGGUAUCCAGUAUUUGUUGAACUUCGUGAGCCAUCCGACAUCAAAGAUUCAAACAUUGAACCGCGUGCGAGCAUUGAGUGUAUUGUUCCAAUUAGCGAGCCCGAAAGAACUGGCGAAUUACAAUUACCAAAACAUCAAAAAUUACAUGCAGAUGCUUCUUUACCUGGCAGAUUUUGAGGAACUGAGAAUCAUGCAGUCCUUGCGUGAAUUUGAGAAAUGUGAUAAGGAAGCGUUUGUCCGGUCCCUCUGGGUAAAUCAUAAGAAUGAGUUGAAGGUGGUACAACUGAUCUGCAACAUAUGCUUGGAUUACAGGGUGUACGAUUUGACGCUUUGGGAGAGCGCCCUAAAUCGAUUGUUGGACAAAAAAGUCUAUCGCUAUCUGUUGGGCGUUCUCGAGCAUCUUACUUCGGUACCGGAGCUAUCACAAAUAACAUCAUUGCCGAGAGUUUGGAACGGUGUGCUCACAGGCUGUCUUCAGAUGCUGUCGGAAAAUAGCGAAGCAACUUCGGCAAUGCACGACCGCAUGUUAACCUUAGUGCAAAAGUGUCCUUUUCUAUUUGAGAUGAAUGUCGAUGCGUUCGUCGAUCAUUUCACCAACAUGGCCAUGAAAACACCAGUUACAUUUGAGGACCUUUUGAAUGCCCUUCGUGGCAUGGCCGCUUUGCCUCCUACUCCACGUUUGUCGGAUGCCAUUAAGAGAUCGGUUUCCCGGCUAGAUUCCUCUGAGCUUAUUCAAGCACUGGAUGUUAUAUUUAAUAAAGCAGAUAAAAAUCAUUCUCAACACGGCUCAGCCAUAAGCUUUGGAGCAACGGACACGUGGAUAGGCAAGACGUGGGUUAUGAGAGCAAUAUUCGACCGAGUAGACGAACUCCGAGCAUAUGAGCUUCUGCUAACAACGAAGCAUCUCAACGAUUUUGUCCAAUAUCUUGUGGACUGUGAUCAAAUUGAGCAUUUAGUGAUAGCAUCACUCAAAGCUCAAAGAACCACAUCUGCGUACGACGUGGUGCAGUUGUACUUUGCUCGGCAUCCGAACCGAUUGCCACCGCUACCGGAGGAGCGACGCGAACAUCAAAACAUAGAGUGUGAUGACCUACCUGUUCGUGACUACACCAAGCCUGCUUUGUUGCAGGUGUACCUUCAAACACACGCAUUUGACGAAGAAGAAGAAUAUGUUAUCAAGCGAAUUAUGGAAAGGGUAGAGGCGGACAGGGUUGCUUCGACACCAGGAACAUCAAGAACAUGAGAAGACUAAACGAAUCGGCAAUCGGCAUUCGAUGUGAUAUAAUGACUCGUAACGAGAAAAAAUCGAACCUUGAGAGAGUGAACGCAGUACCGUACAUGACAUUUCAGAUUUUAAACACCUCAACCGUUUGCUCAAACGGAUUGAUAAUGGUGGAAACAUCUGACGGUACCGGUCAAAUGUGAUUGAUAUAUAGAUACAUUACAGCAUUAAUACCAAAAGUCUAGCCAGUAGAAACAAUCGCAAAACGCAAUAUUUACACCUAAAUACCCAUUUCCAAGUGCAUCGAGUAAAC